ACAUCUAGCUUGCAAUGAAAAGAUGCUACAGUAGGCUGGUAUCUUCUUACUGUAAAUUUAAUAGGAAGUAGCUGGCAGGCUUAUGAAUUAGACAACCACGUGGACUUAACCAGCCCUCCCGCGUGGAACCACAUUUUACCACUGUCAUCAAAGGACACCGGGAACGGUUAUUGUCGCCCGACGUCUCUUUGUUCAGUGGCUUCGACAAGAUUGGGCAAGAUGACUGACGAGGGUGCUCCCAAAGACCGGGGCUGUCUCGUGGGCAUCAUUUUCUUUAUCCUGGGUCUGGGGACCCUCCUGCCUUGGAACUUCUUCAUGACUGCCUCACAGUACUUCAACAACCGACUGACACUGAACACGUCCGAUACGAAUGAUGACACAGUCAUCGCCAGGAAAGAGUAUUACUUUGACAACUGGAUGACUCUGCUAUCCCAGCUGCCCUUGCUGCUCUUCACGCUGCUUAAUUCCUUCCUGUAUCCCCGGAUCUCGGAGACGAUGCGCAUCGCCGGGAGUCUGGUGUGCAUCCUCAUCCUCUUCAUCUUCACCGCCAUCCUCGUCAAGGUCGACAUGGAGCAGGACCGCUUCUUCUCCGUCACCAUGGCCACCAUCUGGUUCAUCAACUCGUUUGGUGCCGUGUUGCAGGGCAGUCUGUUUGGCCUGGUGGGUCUGCUCCCGCAGAAGUACAGCACCAUGUUCAUGAGUGGUCAGGGACUGGCCGGCACCUUCGCCGCCGUGGCCAUGAUCCUCGCCCUUGCCAGCAAUGCUGACAAUGAAACAGCUGCCCUUGGGUACUUCAUCACCCCAUGUGUGGGAACCCUUAUCACACUAAUGAGCUACCUGCUACUGUCCAAACUGCGUUUCGCCCAGCAUUACCUCUGCAAAAACAAGAGCAAAAGCUAUGAGCCAGAGACAACCAAUCAACUUCUGCUUACAGAAGACACCACAACAGAGAACGGCAAAGCUAACGGCCACACCAACGGCUCCCCUGUGGCUAACGGCAGCAUGGACGCCACGCCGUCGUCCAGCGAAAGCCGACAAGCCUUCCUGCCACUCGAGGCGGACAAGGCGGACAAGCCGGACGAGAGCAAACUGUCCGUCAUCGAGGUCUUCAAAAAGAUCUGGGUCAUGGCAUUCUGCGUGACCUUUAACUUCACCGUGACGCUCUCUGUGUUUCCUGCGGUGACGGUGGACGUGAGGUCCGCGUACGAGGGAGAGUGGGAAAAGUACUUCAUCCCGGUGUGCUGUUUCCUGUUUUUCAACAUCAUGGACUGGCUGGGCCGAACGGUUACCACACUGAAGCGAUGGCCGCCCAAAGAGAGUCGCUUGUUCCCAGCGCUGGUGGUUUCCAGAGUGGUCUUCAUUCCGCUGCUGAUGCUGUGUAACGUGCAGAUGCGCUCCAACCUGCCGGUGCUCUUCAGCAACGACGCAGCCUUCUCCGCCAUCAUGCUGCUCUUCUCCCUCUCCAGCGGAUACUCCGUGUGCCUAUCCAUGUCCUACGCACCGCAGUUGGUACCAGCCAAGGAUGCGGAGACUGCUGGAAUUCUCAUGACCUUCUUCCUGGCUCUGGGACUGUCGUUAGGGGCCGGCCUCUCCUUCCCUCUGCGUUUCCUUGUAUAGUUGUCCCUACUGCCUACCCACACUCCCCCGCCCCCCCUCAACUGCCCAACUCUUACCAGCUCACUGGCACGUCACCUCCAAGCCUGUCUAAUUGAUGUUCCAGUGGCGCAGGACAGGAGCCAGCCAAUCAGAUCCACCAAUUAGAUCACCUUACCAACAUCACUACAUCAUACCUUCACUACAGGACCUUGCGAGAUAGGUUGACCAUUUUUCUGGGUUCUGUUUGGACUGUCCGGCUUUCGAAUGUCUUCCUUUUGGGGGAUUUUGGGCGUGUGCCUUCUUAGGCAUUUUUUUGACGUUUUGAAAUUAUGAAAACAAUGGGUUUCCUCUAGCCUGGCCCCACCCACCUAGAUCUUUUUUCAGGAAGAUCUAGUCUGGAACACCAUAGUUCAUAACCGUUUCCCUGACAGUCACUGACGAGAGGGGAAGACGAAACAAAAUUGUAUUGUGAUAAACAGAAGCAGCAACACCUGCAAACGUCAAAAAAUGCAGUUGGGAAAAUGCAGAAAUUUAUUUACAGCAAGGUUAGUGCCUGUUGCAGUGCAAGAGUUGAAAACGUUUCCCAAUCGAGAGUCACCAGACUCUUUUCACUUUGUGAAUGAAUCUGGAUAUUUCCAGGCUAGUUUUCCUCUCCCCCUAAAAAUAACAACAGCAACAACAAACAAACAAAAGAACACUUUAGAAGAAAUUACCCAGUGACUUCCUUCUUCACCUCACCCCGGUGGUCACCUUACUGCCUAUCAAAGUGUCAACAUAUCCCAUCAGCCACUGCAUGAUUCCCAUCGCCUCCAUGCUUUGUGGUGCAGCAUAAUAGCCUAGAAAUCUAGACGCACCCUAGCGGCAGCAAAUGUAAUUUGCAGCCAGGGUAGUCUAGCAACUCUCCAUUGGCUUGCAAGCUGGAAAAAUGAAACUUCGAUCACAAAAUCAAUCACAUCGUGUCAGUGGAUGGGCUUAAUAAAAUGACGGCAGAGUUGCAACAGUUCCGCAUGAAUUCCCUGCAACUUGAAAACAAAGAAGAUGCAUGCUGCUGCUGGCGAACAGCGCCACUCGAGCUAAGCUUUUGUUAAGUUGGCAAAAGUUUGAUCAGCUAGCCAACUAGCUCCGCUGGUGUGAAAGCGCAUGGGACUCGUGAGUUGUAGGCGUGCAGAGGGAAUUUGAAAGACAACUGAUUAUCCCGCCCCUCGGAUUGAACACUGCGAACGGUGAGUGUCCAGACCCUACAUCUUGAUGUGGGUCUGGCUCGUCAGGCUAGCAUCCUGUACCUCUUGUCGGCUCCACCCGUCGGUUGUGGCUGCAACGUCGGCAUCUCCUCUGCUGGCAGAAGUCUUCUGCUGUCUGUCUCCCUCACCAGCUGGGCAUCAGUACAGAGGUACCCUGCAGGAGACGCUCUCUGGUGGCUGUGCUGUGGCUCUGUGGAGGAUCCAGAUAUAUUUACAUCGAUUGGAUCACAUGAUCAAGUCCCACUUAGUGAAUAGGUUGCAGUGAUAGGGACCCACUUUAGUUUUAUUUCGGUUAACUCAAUUAUUAACACAAAGGACUGGCUGCUAAAAUCAGUUGGCAUUGAUCUUGACAUCGGUGGCUUUUGCAGGAAGGGUUUAAAGGGAUGUCCAAGGGUGUGUCCACUUCUCUCUUCAGGGAACGAAGAGACAAACUGGGACUAGCAUGACCACACUGCUAAGCUACACAGAAACUCCAAUGACAGUCAAUGAAGGAAAGAACAUGUUACUGAACAUGCUAGUGAACAUGCUUAUCAUACACACACUGUUGUUGGGCUAAGGUCAAUACCGUGCUUGGAUGCAAUGUAUUGCCAAAAGAUGGAUGAUUUUACUGUCAGAAUGUUUACACUUUUGGGAGAAUAUCAAAUGUAGUUCUCAGGUGUCAAAUAUAGUUGUGUAGUGAAAUACAGUUAUGAAUUGCAUAAAUGCCUACAUAUGUAGCAUAUAUGCAUACAAAGUAUGUGUAUGUUAGUGCAGGUACUAUCUGAUGCAGUUAGAUUGUUAGAUUCAGUUCAGUUAGUUUCAUUCAGUUAGAUAAACUUUUAUUUAAUUUAUUUCAGAAGUGAAGAAUAUGAAAGAGAUUUCAGCUCAAAGGGAUGCAAUUCCAUUAGGAAGCCAUUUAAUUUCUUCUUUAAUUUCUUCUUAUUCACUUGACAGACCAGACUGCAUUGUCUGAACAAAAUGAAUGUAGAUUAUGGGAGAGUCUUUUGAACUGACCAUGAAAGGGCUUUUUUUUUUUGAUGUUCUUAAAUCCUUUUUUUGUAAGUUAAACGUAUUUUGAACAUAUUAUUAUCAUGUGAAUCAUCUGACUGCUUUUUUUCUCGAAGAGAACAACAAAGGACAAGAAGACAGGUCAAUGGAAACCAAGGACUUGAAAGAAAAACUCAGUAGGCUACUAACUGACUAAGUGGACUACUCAACAACAACUCAAGUAUCCCAGUGGAAAGGGCACCGACUUUAUGUGAACUGUACUCAGCUACAAUGUGCUUAAUACUUUCUCUUUCUGUACUAUACAAAUACAACUAGCCUGCAUGUUGUCAAAACAAGACUAAGGUUGAUAAGGAACCUGAAUUGUAUGUUUAUCUCUUUUUCAAACUGCAUUGUACUAAGGACACUUAAUAUGAAGUGGGUGGGUCCUUUAUCUGAUGCAGUCUAUUAAUGCCUUGGCUACUGCUUUGGGGGCAGUGUUUGUGUCUUUCACUGUUUGUGAGGGUAUAAUGGGGAAACUCAUUUGAAUGGUUAGUGGACAGCGCAGCUUCAGGGCCGUGUGCAGUGGUCCUUCUAGGAACAUCUGUCUAUGUAUGGCUAUCUGUUAAUGUGUGUGUGUGUGUGUGUGUCUGUUAUGCAAGUGACUCGCCUCACAACAUGUUGUGUGACUCCUUAUCUUGGCAGGAAGUGAGUGGGUUGGUUACAUUCCAGAAUCUACUCUGUUACAGCGGGAAAUGUUCACUCAGUUUCAACGUAACAUAUCUAUGCACAGAUAUGUUUUGUUUUGUGUGUGUUUUUAAUGUCAAAAAAGCAGUUAGUGUGAUGAUGUGAUUUGAGAUGUUGAGUUUGGAUUUUUUUUUUUUUAUUAUUCCUGAAAGUGACUAAAGUGACUUUUAGUUACUAUUAAGAGUAACUUAGAAUAAUAUGAGAAGUAAAUUGCUUAGUUACAUCAUGAAUUCUGCUUUGUUGUCUGUACCAGAUAUGUAUACAGACAACAAACAUGCAUUCCCAUUAUAGCUGCUGAUAACCACAACUAUUAAGGCCCUGAUCUUGCCUUGGUCUGGUCCUAUAUAGAUCACUUCUGGUACAAAGUCAGUUGUUGGGACAGGUCCCCACUAUUGUGAUACUAAAGAUGAUUAAUUGAGACAACAUGAUUUAAUUGAGACAUCUUCUCAUCUAGUCUUCUCAUCUAAUGACAGUGUGACUGUGGCUGUUAUUUUUUUUUUUAAUUUUAUAUUUUAGACAAUAUACUGGUGGCGAGUCUGUCACCGUUUUUUGAAGUGCCAAUUGUUAUGCUGUUUUUAACAUGCACCAAACAUUUCUACGAGACCCUUGUCAAGGUGGCUUAUGUAGGCCUGGCUUCUCACUUUUCCGGGGUGUGUUUCCCAAAAGCAUAGUUGCUAACUAAGUUAGCAACUUUGGUUGCAAUCCGAUUUCCCAUUGCCCACCAACUAUGCUUUUGGGAAAUGCACACCAGGGUGGUAUGCUGGAGCUAUUGUCUGUUUUCCAUGACGUAUCAUCACACAAGGGCUGCCAAAUGCGUUUACAUUUGGGCAGCAUAUAUUCUGAGGACCACUAGUGUUUUGAAUAUAUUUGUGCUAAAAAACAUAGGCUUUGUUUAACAUGGGUUUUUUUUUUUUUUUUUUUUUUAGGUUUCAUAUGUGUUUCUAUGAUAGAUUUCUAUGGUUUUCUCAGUUAAAUCAUAGUUUUAGAGUGUUUAUGUUGUGGCUGUUGUGGUUGUUUUAUUAUUAUUAUUAUUAUUAUUAUUAUUAUUAUUGUUAUUAUGAUCAUUAUUGACAAAUAUGUCAGCUUUGGGGUUUCAUUUUUCAUUUUCAUUUUAUCUUAUUUAUUUCUACAGGUUAUGGAUAGGAUAUACUAGAAGACAAACAAAUAGGAAACAGACAUACCAACAUCCCCCAAAUAUUAACUGCCAUUCUUUCGUUCAUGUGAACAAUAAUGACUGAACUUUGUUUAAAAUUGGUAGAUGUGAGUUGUUUACACAAAUAAAGGUUAUUACUGUGCAUUACUGUGCUGUAACCACACAGAGAUAACAUCUGUUAUUUUUAUGUGCAUUUUUACAUUUGGGAGCAGUCAACUGCAAAAAGCAUUCCCAAGGAAAUUCAGAAUUUUCAUUUCUAUGAGGAGGAGGACAUAACUGAGUCAGAGCUCAGCUGUUAAAUCGGCCAUCCUCUUCCUGCUGGUACUAGCCGUUUAAGACUGACUGAACAAGGCUCACUUAAUAACUUGAGAAAGGCCCAUUUCACCUUGGAAAAACACACACAUGUGCAUGCACACACACACUGGGGAUGUAUGAUGACAGUUUAUUCUGGAAAAGCUCUGGUUUAGAUCAGAGACCCAGAGCUGAUCUGGCAUCAGCUGUCAUCUGCUGUUCCAACCAAAGAUGGCAUCUUUUUCAGUUUAGCUUUUAUGGUAAAAAGAAAAUGGGGAAAAAAGAGAGCCUUUUCCAUCAGGAGACUGCUAUUAAAACAUGUAGAAUGAGUUCUAUUGACAACAACAAAUGUGCUGUUCACUAGUUGCAAUUGGGAGAGUUGUCCACAAGGUGGCGUAUGUGGUCAAUCAAGAUGAAUUGAUUGUGCAAUUGAUUUGUGGUUGCAUUACCUUGUCAUCAAUAAGGGAGCAAGUGCUUUGUGUGUGUUUGUUUAUGCUUUUGCUGAUUUGAAAUGAUCAUUCUAAAUGAUAUUGUAAAUACACUUUGUCUUUGUUUCUGUUGUUUAAAUUAAACUAGUUUUUUAAACAGUG